AUGCCGCGCGCGCACGUGAGAAUGUCCGGGGUGAGGGAGAUAGAGAUAGUAAUCGCGCUCUUGCGAGACAGAGAUGGUGAAUGUGAAAUUAGGGUGGUUCCACGCAGCAAGUGCGUUACUGAUGGUGUACAAGACCUUCACAAUUUACGAGGCAGGUUUGUAGAGGUACACCCGGCGUCACACCGGGCGAGUGGCGCGGGCGGACAACGAGAGGCCCGAGUGGGUGAGCGGUGCGCCCGCGCAGCCGCCGCGCCCUCUGCCUCCCCCUCCGACCUCCCGCCCUUCGCGCCCCCACGCGGGAAAAUUUAUACGCCGGAUGACACUUAUGUCACUAAUGCCAUGUGA